AGAUAAUGUUGGUGCAUUGAGUGGACUGUUACCGUUACCAUGAAUAUUAACAAAAGUUGGGUUACACCAAUACCUUGAUCGCAUGCAAUAUUAUGGCUGUAGUAUAGGUUAAAAAGAUUGGCCCGAUGGAUAAAAAAGAUAAAGAGGUCCUUAAAAAUAAUGAGACAUAUCUGCGAGAGAAUCUAGAUAUACUGCAAAUACUUCCGCGUUUGUAUCAAGAGAGUGUCAUUUCUGACGACGACCGAGAACGAAUUGAAAGGGAAGCCACAACCAGGGACAAGAUUACUAAAUUUCUUCGAAUCAUCAAACGGAAGCAAGAUGUAUAUCGUAAGCUACUGGAGGUUCUGGAUGUGGAGGGACUUCACUUUAUCAGAGAAAAACUUGAAUCUACUGAGAUAGACGAGGAUGUACUCAAAAAGGAACAGGAAUCAGAUGAAGACUUUUUGAAGGAGCAGCUUUUAAUCCUGUAUCAAGAGUCCUAUGGGGAAAGUAUCAGUUAUAAUACUCUUGAAAGUGAUAUACGACGUUUGAUUUACCUAGAAGGAAAAGACUUAACAACAGAAAAACAUAUUCUUGUACGCUUGGUUGAACAGGUUUUUUCAACAGCCAAAUUCAUCGAGUCAUGUGAUAGCAAACAGAGAGCGGUAUGGGAUUUCAAAAAUCUGCGUCGUAGAUCAUUGGCAGACGACAACGAAAAGAGUGUAAUAUCUGUCCAAAUGGAUGGUCAUAAAACAAUGGAGGACAUCGUAAGAGGCCAAGUAUUGCUUCUGUUCCGAGAAUCUGUUGGUAAAGAAGUACCAGUAACUACACUGGAACGCGAUAUAGAACUGUCUUUACCAGGAACAAACAUCAACUUGAAGAAAUUGCCUCUGACAGAUAUUGUUAAGAAUGCAUAUCCAAAGGUCGAGUACAAAAAAGUAAAAAGGAAAAAAAGACACACGCAACCUCAGUUUCCUGGCCUCUGA